AUGGCGAACGGUUACCACACAAAACAAGGCCGAAAGUCACCAAACCAAGUCCACGUUUGCUGGCUAUGCACUUGCAUACUGUGGCAAGAUGCCAAAGGCUGUAUGGAACAGGUGGCAGCUUCCAAUGAUGUUGCGGGCGCAAACGACUCACUACAAUCAACGCGUGUUUUAAAAGAAAAUCAACAUUUCGGUAAACCAUCAGUCCAGCUCGUUGGCACCAGCAUCUGGGUGAGUCAAUUUAACUUUUUGAUUUCCCUUCGGCCUAAAAAUCAGAAAAGCUGUUUAUUCGUAAAACGCAGAUGGUCGUUACAGUUUUCAGAAGACAUCAAUCAAAGGGCUACGAUAUUCAACGCUAGCAAGAGCAGUCAAAAUCAAACGUUCCUUCAAGAUCCAAAAAAGAGAAGAAAAAUAUUUCUCCCAAAUAAGUUGUGGCAUUCAAAGUGUUUCUUGACCUGAAUUCACUAAUUCUAAUGUAUGUAUAUGUAUCAACCAGAAAGACUCGUGUAGAUUACGUGGCUUAUUUGUAACGCACUGCAACGUGGUGACUAAACACAGUUAAAAUUGAAGGCAAGGCUGAUCGGAGAGCUAAGGUUUACAAAUUUAAAUUUGCCCAAUAUUUCGACUAGACAAAACUAGUCUCCAUCAGGGGCUGGAAAAGCUCCUUUAAUUUCAAGUGUUAUUUUAUAUUGCUGAUCCUGAUCUACGACAAGAUCCGGCUUUCCCUCGCCGCUCUUUGUCCAAGUGGUCCUUGCAGGAAUUGUUGACUAAACACUCUCGGUUAUUGUCGAAGUUCGCAACCGUAAUGUUCGCGAAAUUUUGAUUUCGGAACAAUUACUCUUGACUGGUAACUUACUAUACCACUGUAAAAGGAUUUUGAGGAUUUAAAGGAUGGCGUUUCGAGGCAUGACAGCUCCAGCUCCUGUUCAAGUCAGUCAGCUUUUUUGCAUCCCUCAGUUUAACUUUUUACCCCUAUACCAACACUUUAACACUGGAAACCAGAUUUUUGAGCUUGUGGUGCCCCCAUUGACACACACCCUCCGCUGUUUUCUUAUAAACACUAACCAUGUUUAUCGAAUUGUUGCGUUCACAUCGAUCCCGAGGGUUCGAGGGCCUGUGAAGAAGGAAUCGUCGAGACGAGUCUUUCGCUUUCUUUUCCCAGCGAUACAAUUUGGCAUGUUCUUGUCAUUUAGCUGUUAAGUUUAAGGUUUUAGCAAUGUAAAAAUCUUAUUCCACAGAAUUGAUCGUCUUCAGCUCAGUUGAUUCCGGCUAAAAGUCUCUUGUUUUCCAGGUCGGUAUACCUUCGACCUACAGCAAAUACGACGAGAAUCAAGUUAACAUACUUCUGAGGUAAGUCCGUCGGGGUGUUUUCACUUUGCACGUUUCUGCCUUCGACGUAAGGUUCCAUGGAACGCCUUUCAUUUUUGAGAUAACUAACCAUAAUUGAUACGUUGGAACACCUUUCACUCACUUACAAGCUACUGGCUUCACUUUGGUAACAGUGGUAAGUAAGACUGGCGUUUUUAAGACUAUAGACCUUGUCACGGUUUUCGACGCCAUCUUGACGAGUAGGCAAACGUGUGAGAAAUUACAGUGUUUGUAUGAGAAUCUAAUGUCGAUAAUUUCCGUAUAAAAUAUGACUUGUAAACUGAUGCUACAAAACAAAGGAUUGUACUAACAAAUUUUGGGAGCGUACCUGUGCUUCAAUUUCUCCAGAGACUUGCUUUAAAUUUUCCAUAUAUUUGUCUAUAAUUUUUCCCAGGACUUUCUUACAGACAAAUGUAUAGAAAAUUCUAAAAGUGGUUUUAGGUCUUCUAGCACAUGUAAGGCCCUCAAUUUUCUUCGGUAGAAUCAUUAGGAGAGAAACUUUAGUUCACAAUUUAUAUUUUUUUCAUAACAGCCGUUUUACGGAAAUUAUUCGACAUUAGAUUCUCAUACAAACAUUGUAAUUUCUUACCGUUUUAGUACUCGUCAAGAUGGCGUCGAAAACCAUGACAAGGUCUAUUUCAGGAGUACGAUACUUGUUCUACAUGCUGAAGAAAAGACUAUGUAGUUCACACUCGUUGUAACGCUGCAGUAUUAUACUCGUAUUCCGAAGGUAAAUUUAAUAUAUAAGACUGAAACAACUGCUAUAAAAUCGCAAAUACAAAAGGGAUAGCACUGGCGUUGCCACUGUCACGUUGACAACACUCAAGUCUUUAGACUUAAUCUACGACGUCUUUCAUGCAGUUUUUCAUUCAGUAGUGAUACAGUGGAAGCUCUCCUAACAGACACUCUCGUAAGAGGAAAGUUUUACCUACGGCCACCUUCACAAAACGUCGUAGUUUUAAAAUUCUGUAUUUUUACCCCGUAAGCGGCCAGCCACAGUUACGGACACCUUUUUCGCGUCCCAAGGGUGUCCGCUUACGAGCGAGUAUCUUCAUAUUUUUUCUUUUUGCCCGGAACCACGUGCUCAAUACAAAACCUCAACCUUAUAGGCACGCGGUAGAUAGGUGCAACGUAAUCUUCCUUGUUUCUGCCAGAAGCAUCUACAAUACCUCUGAAUUCCGUUGUUUAAAAGGUGCCGGGCGCAGUCUUAAAUAAAAUUUUCAACUUGUAUCGGGAACUUGUGCUAAUAACCGAUCGUUUUUUAUCUACCUCCCUUUGUGGAAGUUGAAUUAAGCUCAUUUUAUCCACUUCCGCCAGGUUCCUGAAAAUGAUUAUGAAGACAAAUAAACUACUUAGGCUUAAGCCUUUAAAAUCCAUCCUCUCUUGCUAUCAAAUGAGGACAAAACUCAAUUCAAAGAUUUUGGCCAGCAGGCAGACAUUCAAAUAGCUACUAUUUAAUAAGCAUGAUCGUACAAUGAACGGCUACAAAGGAAAUAUAGAGCCCAGUCUUAAUUUCGUUUUUUUAAAAUGGCUGAUACUAAAAAAAAAACGAAAUUUUGAACGUCAAAUCAGACAAGCGGUUCAAGCGGUAAAUUUUGUUUUGCUUUCUGCGGCAAAGUCUACCGUGACUAGUUCGCUUACGAGAAUGUCCGUUAGGAGAGCUUCCAGUGUAUGAUUAUUUAUGGGGGAGGAAUGAUAUCACUUUUCGCGCCAAACUUUCAAAUUUUACGAAUUUUUGCUUCAAAAGUCUUCAACAGUUAUUUCAUCAUCUCAGAAACUUUAUAAGACAUUUGAAAAAAGCGUCUUCUGAUAUCACAACUGAAACACCCCUACGUUUUGGUGUUUGGAUAUCAGAUGAAACACUCUCACUGUCAGUUUGAUCCAACAGUUUGUUCCAGGCAGAGUGAAGGCCUUUUACCCCAACCUAUAGCUAUAAUAUUUGACAUUCCGUGUCAAGAAAUUAAGGCGCUGGCCCAUUUUCAUUUUUGCAGCUCCUAGUUGUUAAAAAUGGCGUCUGCCCAGGACCAAAAAAACUUGCUCAAUCAGUUAAUAGCAACUACGGGCAUUCUACCCAGCUUGGAGACGGAAAAGGUGAGUUCUUUACAAUACAAAAAAGUAUUAUUAUUUAAAUUAUUAUUAUUAUUAUUAUUAUUGUUAUUGUUUUUGUUAUUGCUAUUAUUAUUACUAUAACUAUAACCAUAACGUUAUUGCUAUUAUUAUUAUUACUAUAACGCUCCAGCCUAGUCCCUAGGCGUUCUCAGCGCGGUCAAUCCUGGACCCUACCGUGAGCUGUGACGUCACCGAGAGAUACUCUCCGAGAGCGCCUAGCCAAUAUUGCCAGAUCAAAUGUGGCGGCCUUUUUGUCAAGUAACUACAUCUUCAGCAGGUAGCUGAAAAUCUUUCAUUUGAACAGGAAGAGUUUCUACGUGCAUACCACAGCGUAAAACAAAGUCUCGGUUUUUUAAAAAAGGAUCCGCGAAACCAAGUUUUGUUUAACUGAAGUGGACUGUCACGCGCAGCAACAUGUACCAGACGAUGAACUUCUUUCUUGAAUUUGUGCCAAUGAAUCUCGGACGGACUGUCGUCGAAAGAGGAAACAAGGCAACAAGUAUAAAAGACUCCAUUGAGAAAAGGCAUGUACAUUUUUGUAUGAUGUGUUUAGGUUUAAACAAACGUUCUCUCGCCCGCUCUUUCCCAGACUUCGCGCGGACAACGGGUCAAGAGAGAACGCCUAGGGACUAGGCUGAUAACGCUCUACUGAACGUCAUGACUGGAUGCAGAAGGUAGCGAAACGGGAAAUACGCAGUUUGACUAAAUCUUCCAUGCCUUUUAAAAGUGGUGUAAAUGAGAGCUAAUGGGAACUUAGUUCUUAGAACUUCUUUGGAUCUUCCUUCCCCCUUCGUCAUUUAACCAUUAAUUUAAACAUUUAAUAAUCGUGAUUACAUUUUUUUCAGGACCGUGAGCAUUCUUUGGCUGUGUUUCAGCUGGCAGCACAUUUAAAUGGACGGAGUGUAUGUUUCUCCACAUCGCAUUUUCAGGUAACAUAUUAAUCAAGGGACAAGACUUACACUUGAUCAUGAGGAGAAUUAUAUUUAAACAGUUGAAGAGUCAGGUGGAGGCUAACUAGUAUGUAAAAAUGGAUCUUCAACGCCCUUAUUCAGAGCUGCGAGGUCAUCGGCGAACUCGACACUGGGUUAUUAGAUCCUGUCUUGAUACCAGCACUACUCGUUAUAGUUAAAAGUGCAAUUCUUUUGUUCUUGAACCUUUUUAGCUCUUUUUUUUAUCAUUAGUGUUGGAUCUUUUGUUGCAUCGAACGUUAAUAUCAAGCAUUAGAGUAAUUUUACGAAACUCGUGAAAUAGGUAGUAAGAAUACUACGCACUUAUGCACUAAUUCCAUUGUCUUCUUUUGUUUUUUUUGGAACUAUUUUGCAUUAGUUGCUAUUAUCGGUUUCACGGUUGAAGUCACUCUAAUAUAUUCUUAGUUGCUAGCGUUAACAUAUUCGUGGUUACUCGAGAUAAUAUUGUAUUCGGAUGAAGAGUUUGUAACACUCGGGUUACCCCGCUCCGCGAUAUAUCUUGUUGAUUUUCUUCUUCUUCUUCUUCUUCUUUUUCUGAGAAGUUCAAAGCAGACAUAAGGAAUCAGAUCCAUAAUUAUUUGACUAAAAAAUAAGUUGACAAAAGAGAGGAUGAAACAUCGGAAAAGACUCAGUUUAUUACAAAGAACAUAAGAAAAGGGUAUGAAUGGAAGGGUGGGGGGGGGGAGGGAAGGUGCAUGGGUGGCGGAGGGGGUCAAUUGACAGCUGACAAUAGGGCAUUACCGAAUCCCCCCCCAGCCUCUGUAUCAAAACGAGGUUGAGUACUCAGCCUUUGAUAUGAAAAUGAUUUUCAUUCUCAUGCAAAUAAAACUCAUUUUCACAAGAAAGUUUGUGCACUUGGCCUCGUUUUGAAAGUGAGGGUUUUUGGAACUAGCAAGUUGCCUGUCAAUUCUCUAUUUUCCAAUUGCCCAUAAUACACUCUGUUUGCCCCCCAAAAUCUGCAUAAACCAUUGUUUUUUAAUGCUCCUGGGAGUAUUGCAUUUUCCCAAGAGCAUUUUAAGACAAUAAGUUAUGCAAAAUUUGGGGGGCAAACAGAGUGUAUUAUGGGCAAUUGGAAAAUAGUCAAUGGCCAAAAUUUUAACCUAAACAAGAUUUUUUGUUCGGCUGAAUCCAUAACUGAAAGACCUUAUUAAUUAAUAAUGUACAUACCUACUUUAAAUAAUUAAUGUAACCUUCUUUAAGUAGGCAAUUAUAUUUGCAUGAUGACGUCUUUUUACUACUUAGACUAGAAUUCAUUUUGUUUUUCCUUUCAUAUUUUAUAUUUGGUAAUCCCAGAGAGGUUUAAAUGACAAACGCUCUAACUGGCACAAGAAAGCAAAACCCCGAAGGAUUCUGGUAGUAGCAGUAGUAAACUGACAUUAUCGUGCAAAUGGUCUAUUUCCGAUCCUUUUUUGGCUGAUAAAUUUGCGUUUUAUUCCACGUUACGUCACGUUAACGAGCAACGUUUUUGUUGCUUUUGUUUUUUCUCAAACCAGGGAAACCAGGUGCCAAAUGAACAAAACAUUGCUGUCAGGUCCUCAAGGAAACAGCCGACUGAAAAUCCAGCUUAAAACAGCUCAUGACUGGUAAUAUUUAUAUCACUUUGAUACUGACGUGGCUAGAUGAACAAGAACACUUAGUCGGCCAGCGCAGCUCAUAAAAGUAAAGACAUAUAACCUUUUUAGUUUAAAAAAUGUACAUAUAAAAAAGGAAAAUGUAAAUGUAGGACCGGAUAUAAUAUAUUGAACCUGUUGUAGCCUUGGUAUACGUAUGUAAUUCAAACCAUCUGUAACAGUAAAGAAUUCAUUCUUUGAAAAUAAAAUUCAGCUUAAGUAUCCCUCAAAGCUCUUUUUCUUUGUACACUGAGAGGUGUUAACAGAGAAAGGAUAUCGACCGUACCAAGUAAUGGAUUAAAGGAAAGCAAACAGGUCCGGUUACAAAGGGACAAACAGACAGACAAAACUCAAGUAAGAAAAAAAGAAGAAAAAGAAAAGUGUAGAAAAGUUGGCCCUGGUAGGAGGAUGACCCUGCCUUCCAUCACAAAAGGGUGACCCAGCCUGGUGCGGGGUCACCCUAGCCAAGCCAACUUUUUGAUUCUCAUGUAAACGUUUCGCCACGUUUUUUAAGAGAAUGUAUGAAAAUUUGGCUCGCCCAGGGUAGCUCGGGUAGACAGGUGACCCUUCGGCCCAAGACAACUAUUCUUCUUAUAAGCAAAGUGUCAGAAAAAAGAAAACCACAACAACACACAUGCACACACACAUUUGGCUAUGUGGCAUUAAAUUCAUACAUGAAAGAAGCUUUAAUUUAAGUAAAUUUUCAGUUGAUUUUUUUUCUGUUAUUGCCUCUGGCCUGAUCCCAAUUACACCUCUAUAAGACGGACACUCGGUGUUGGUCUCUGCCGUUUUUCAGUCAUUUUACUGGAACGACGGGCAUCUCUCUCGGACAACGGAUACGUCUGAAACCGUCAACGGACAAUUGGGAAGUACCUUAUUUAGUUAAAAAGAACCUCAAAAUGGAAAUGUAGAUGCUCUACAUGACAGUAAAUUACAAAAUGUUUGAUAUUUUGUGGCCGUGCUUUUGUUCCCCAAGUGCCUCUCUGUUAUAUUUACAAUGUUCAAAUUUUCCCUGUUUUGGACAAGAUAGACGUGUAUACACUGCGAUUAAUAGUCUAAACUAUCUGUCGCUGUAGCAACUCCAUAAACAUGGAGCAUAACAAGUACGACCUCUUAUGCCAACAAAAGUCAGCGAAGUGGAAGACUUCAAUGUUCGUGUAUAUACCGAGUAGGCCAUUUUACAGUUGUGGGCUUUGUGUUCUAGCCUUUGAGUGAACGUGAGGCUGAGGUUGAUCUUGUUUUUAUACAAACCUUUUUCCUUUUUCAAAUAAAUGAAAAUUUUGCUUAAAAAAUACUAGUUAGCAUAACAACAUGAUUUGCAUAGUAAAGCAAGAAGGGUUGUAUCAAAACAAGGUCAACUCCAGCCUUGUUUCCAACCGACUGUUUUCAGUGUCAGCGAGAUUGCAGGAUUGAAUGGACAUGUAAAGAAAAAAAACAAACCAGGAGACGAAAGAAACCAAAAUUUGAACUAGCUGAGAACUGUGCGUGUAGUUGCUGAAGUCAAAUAUCGUCAUGUUCAGAACAUUUACUUCAGGAUUAUUGCUUCGCUUGUUAUAGAUUGCUAUAACAAAAAUCGAUCAUAACCGAUAAAUUAUUUUGUUUCUGACUUCGAUUUCUAUCGAUUUCCGAUAUCAAUCGGCGGAUUAAAUCGAUUGAUAUUGAUUGAUUUCCGAUAUAAAUUUCUAUCGAUUUACUACGUCUGGAUUUACAGCACAUUUGUACAGAUGUCACAUUUUUGGAAUUUUUUCAUUGUACUUUCUUUCACGUUCAGAGUUCCAAAAAUGAGGCUAAAUUAAUGCAGAAUUUUAAUGUAUUAAAAUGAAUGGUUUAAUUGGCAUGUAAAUGGGACAUGACUCUUAAAUCAAAGACUUCCGCUUUUGUUCUCGCUUUGAGAGAGAGGCUUCGCCGAGGGCAACUCGUGACCGGAAAUGGCAUAUAACUCGAAAAUGGGAGCUCGAGAACGUAGAUAGAACUUCGUGAUUUCCAUUUCCGGCCUUAAAAUAAAGGGGCCAUUGAAUCCAGUCGCCCUAAACAGAAAUACCUUUGUAGUCAAUGUGUAGUAGAGGACAAACAAAGACUAAGAAUGAAAUCUAUUUGCUUUGGAUAUUUUUUUCUGGACACUGACGCAAUGUCAAAUGGCCCUUAUGCAUGAUUACGUCAGAUGAGCAAAUUUCACCACCAAUUCUCGUUUGGGCAUUCUUUUGAACUCUUCUGCCUUGGGAAUCCAUUUAUUCAAAACUUCGCAGCCAUUAAGUGUACACAGUUAGUCGUGAUUGACAAAAGAGAAAGCAGCUAUGUAUUUUUUAUCAUUAUUAUUAUUAUUUGGAUUGACACGCGGUUAAUCAAGCACAUAAACUUGCUAGGACUCGUUCUUCUCAGGGUCAAUAUUAACAAAACAGAAAUUUCCAAUCUACGCAUAAACUUUAGCUCCCUGGUUACAAAACAAAUUGGAAAUUUCGCUUCACAAUUAACGUAGCAAUCUGACUGGGGUAAUUUUACACGAGCGAAACGAUAGUGGGAAUCAAACUGACCUUGCAUUCUUCUGGAUUAGUUGAUGAUGUCAUUUGGACAGCAUAUAGACGGGGAUUUUUUCAAAAAUUGAAAUUCACUAACCGUGUCAACAAUGUUCACUGAUAGCAUUUUAAAAACCUUUGGUGUAAAGUACUUGACUGUCGACUGAAUAGCGGUAAACAUGCUAAAUAAGUUUUCAUGUUGAAAGAGACAUUUUCAGAAUUGUGGAGAAUAGUGGAACAACCAAGAGUAACUGUAAGUAUCAGAGUUUUUCCUUCUUGAUUUAGUGAAUUUUAUCAGUAGAUUCUGGAUAUAUUCCGGUCUGAAUAAAUUCCACAGCAAAGAAUGAUCUUGAUCACAACAACCACAGAGACUACAUCUUGCAAGGAUCUUUCAGGCUUGACGCUACCGCCGCCAUCUUGGAGUGCCACGGCCUUAGCGAGGUGGGAACUUACAGGGAAUCGAACGUGCAUUAAGUGGUUGAGUUAAGUCACCGUUCCAAAAGCACAAUAUUUAGCAAAGCUACCAUGAUGUAGUCUGCUCGAUAUAAAGAUGGCGAACGGUUACCACACAAAACAAGGCCGAAAGUCACCAAACCAAGUUCACGUUUGCUGGCUAUGCACUUGCAUACUGUGGCAAGAUGCCAAAGGCUGUAUGGAACAGGUGCCAGCCUCCAAUGAUGAUGCGGGCGCGAAAUACUCACUACAAUCAACGCGUGUUUUAAAAGAAAAUCAACAUUUCGGUAAACCAUCAGUCCAGCUCGUUGGCACCAGCAUCUGGGUGAGUCAAUUUAACUUUUUGAUUUCCUUUCGGCCUAAAAAUCAGAAAAGCUGUUUAUUGCAAAUGGUCUAUUUCCGAUCCUUUUUUGGCUGAUAAAUUUGCGUUUUAUUCCACGUUACGUCACGUUAACGAGCAACGUUUUUGUUGCUUUUGUUUUUUCUCAAACCAGGGAAACCAGGUGCCAAAUGAACAAAACAUUGCUGUCAGGUCCUCAAGGAAACAGCCGACUGAAAAUCCAGCUUAAAACAGCUCAUGACUGGUAAUAUUUAUAUCACUUUGAUACUGACGUGGCUAGAUGAACAAGAACACUUAGUCGGCCAGCGCAGCUCAUAAAAGUAAAGACAUAUAACCUUUUUAGUUUAAAAAAUGUACAUAUAAAAAAGGAAAAUGUAAAUGUAGGACCGGAUAUAAUAUAUUGAACCUGUUGUAGCCUUGGUAUACGUAUGUAAUUCAAACCAUCUGUAACAGUAAAGAAUUCAUUCUUUGAAAAUAAAAUUCAGCUUAAGUAUCCCUCAAAGCUCUUUUUCUUUGUACACUGAGAGGUGUUAACAGAGAAAGGAUAUCGACCGUACCAAGUAAUGGAUUAA